AGCCUUCAAGCAUUGACAACUACAAUUAGUCUCCAAGUACAAUCAUCUACUAACAGCCUUCAAGCACUGACAACUACUCUUAGUCUCCAAGUACAAUCAUCUACUAACAGCCUUCAAGCAUUGACAACUACAAUUAGUCUCCAAGUACAAUCAUCUACUAACAGUCUUCAAGCACUGACAACUACUAUCAGUCUCCAAGUACAAUCAUCUACCAACAGUCUUCAAGCACUGACAACUAUUAUUAGUCUCCAAAUACAAUCAUCUACUAACAGUCUUCAAGCAUUGACAACUACAAUUAGUCUCCAAGUACAAUCAUCUACUAACAGUCUCCAAGCACUGACAACUACUAUUAGUCUCCAAAUACAAUCAACUGCAAUCAACUACCAUCAGUGUCCAAAUACAAUCAACAACCUUCAGUUGUCACUAUCAAUCACUCUGAUAAAUUUUUAUAUAUUCAUUACUUUUUUUCAAGAACACAAAACUAGCACGUGUUUCAUUUUAUUAAGUACAUGUCUUUCUAACAUUUUAAAGUUCAUUUUAAAGUUCAUUCAUCAGUUUGUUUUAGUAUUUAGUUUACGACACACUGAUCUAAAUAAGUAG